UAGUAAUCGUCACAUUAACAUCUAAAAAAUAGGCUCUCAGGUUGUGUGUGACAGUGUGACAAAAUCUACCAAAGACAAAAGACUGAGAAUGGCAACAGAAGAGAAGAAAGACGUGGAAAUGAAAGAUGUAGAAGCGGAGGAGAAAGAGAAAGAAGUAGACCCCAAACAAGCUCAGCUAGAUAAGGAUCAAUUGACAUUUGAAGAUGUACGCGAGCAGAUGAGGCUGGUUGAGCGAGGUGUAAACCAGAAAGAACCUCGUUUCAUCAACAGAGGUGUGCGUAGCCUGCAGUCCCUCAGAAAGAGAGUUAGCGAUGGGAUACUGCGCAAGUUGAUCACUGCUUACUACCCUCCAAGUUCACCCCUUAGAGACGGACUUUUAGAGUAUCUGGAAGAGCCAAUGGAGACUGAGGAAGACACUGGUAGCUACCGUCCCCGCAGCUCCAAGCAUUCGGGAGGAGGUAUCCUCCCCGAGCUGGACGUCUUCCUGCAUCUCUUUGUUCUUCUUAGACUCCUCGACAAUAACAACCUCGACAAGGCUAAGCAGUGCAGUGAGUGCCUGGUGGAGAAACUUUCUGGUCACAAUAGGCGAACUCUGGAUGCCCUCAGUGCCAAGUGCUACUACUACUACGCUAGGGUGUACGAGCUCAGCGGACAGCUGGCUUCAAUCAGGAGCUUCCUCCACGCUCGUCUGCGCACCUCCACCCUGCAUCACGAUGAAGAGGGACAGGCAAUGCUGAUCAACUUAUUGCUUAGAAACUACUUCCAGUACAACCUUUAUGACCAGGCAGACAAGCUUGUGUCCAAGUGCACCUUCCCUCAGACUGCCAACAACAAUGAGAUGGCCAGGCAUCUCUAUUAUUUAGGCCGUAUCAAAGCUGUACAGUUGGACUACUCUGAGGCGUACAGACACCUCCUUCAGGCCAUUAGGAAAGCCCCCCAGCACUCCGCAGUUGGGUUCAAGCAGACAGCCAACAAGUUCCUGAUUGUGGUGCAGCUCUUGUUGGGGGAAAUCCCUGACAGAGCCACUUUCCGUGACCCCAUUCUUAAGAAAUCACUGAUGCCAUAUUUACGACUCACUCAAACCGUCAGAAAUGGUGACCUGGAGCGAUUUGGGGAGGUUCUGAAGACGUUUGAGAGUCGUUUCCAAGCGGAGAAGACUUACACACUCAUUAUCCGCCUCAGACAUAAUGUGAUCAAGACUGGAAUCAGAAUGAUGUCCCUUUCCUAUUCUAGGAUAUCACUGCCGGAUAUUGCUGCCAAACUGCAGCUGGACAGCAGUGAAGAUGCAGAGUACAUUGUGUCCAAGGCAAUACGAGACAGUGUAAUUGAGGCCAGGAUAGACCACAACCAGGGCUAUAUGCAGUCCAAGGAAAACAUAGACAUUUAUGCUACUAAGGAGCCGCAGGAAGCAUUCCAUCAGAGGAUAUUGUUCUGUCUGGAGUUGCACAGCCAGUCAGUCAAGGCCAUGCGGUAUCCUCCGAAAGCGUACAAGAAAGAUUUCGAGUCGAUAGAGGAUCGAAAGGAAAGAGAGCAACAAGAUAUUGAGUUAGCUAAAGAAAUGGCCGACGAUGAGGAGGAAGAAGACUUCCCUUGACUUGCUUGAACUAUAUGGAUCAAUUGAACAUUGUAUGUAACCUUUAAUUAAUUAAUUGAUACCAAUGCUGGAUUAACGAAUACUAAGAGAACAUUACAUUACAUGCUCAUUUUAAUCAAAUUUUGUUGCUGGUUGAGUUGCCAGUCUUGACAAUUAA